AUGGUUGAAACAGUAUGUGUUUUGGUGUCUCAGAAAGAUAGGCUUCUCCCUGUCGAUAUUGAGUCGAGGAUUCAGCAGCGUUUCCUGUUCAGCAAGCGGCAGCGCAACUCACUUCUCAAGGACAUCGCACUUUUGUGCUCUAUGUUUCUCAGUGUUGUACUCUUGGGUGCCCUAAUCACAGAUAAGCCCUCACUACAACAAUGCAUCAAGUCGACGUCGGCGUACUCACCGCUUCUUGACCGUUAUCAUGUCGAUCUCUCUCCCCGGCUGAGCACCAACUCCUCUCUGGAACCCGGUGCCACGCCGAGCAUAUACCGACAGCCGCCAUCUCCAGAGGUUGAUGCGGCUUGGAGCCGCGUGACUAGCACACACCUCUUCCCCUUACGCAGAGACGAAGUCAUCAAGAUGGGAAAAGACCCGGAUUUCGUGGCGCUGAUGCCCGAAGAAUUUGGCUUCGGGGAAGGUUUGCACGCUGGAUUCAUGGACGUGUUUCAUAAGAUCCACUGUCUAGACGUAUUACGGCGAGAGGCUCACAGGCAAGGUUUCCUUUCUGACUACUAUGGCGCCUCUACCAAGUCUCCCCUCGGCCAAGCCCACGUCGACCAUUGCAUUUACAUCCUUCUCGACAGGCUGAUGUGCAAGCCUAACAUGCAGAUCAUUCCGUACAUUUGGCUCGAGAACCAUCCUACACCUACGCCAGAUUUCAUCAACACGGAGGUCUGCUAG